CAUGUUCCCAUUUGUGCUUUUUUCCACCCUCUUUUCUUCCAUCUUUCCCGAACCCGGGGAGCAACGUUGGGUCUGCAACUCCUCCGAUUUAAGUGUUUGGUACACCUACUGUGUUGAUUUUCUGGAGGAGAAUCUUACAUUUUCUGCCUGACGCGGAGAAAUCCUGGUGGUUCUUUGCUGCUGCCUCGCUGAGCUGGGGAUGGCGGGAGCAGAUGGAAUACCUGGCUGCAGCAAACCUCUGCUCGCUGCCAUCCCCAUGGCCGUAUCACUGCUUCUGCACCUUGGAGAAUACUGUCUGGCCCAGCCGAAAGGCACCCAGCGUGGGAAGCACAACAGCAACCCCUUACUCAAUCCUGAGGAUAACCUGAAAUACCCUAUUUUACUGAAUCUUACACCCUGUAUAACAUUGAAGGCAAGCAAAGGACAUUUGCAUGUUUACUACGUUCCAAGGAGAGACAUAAAAAAAUUGUAUUUCAAUCUCUACAUAUCUUUCAACUCCAUAAGCUUACCAAAGCGCAAAGAAGUUGUUUGUCGAGGAUCUGAGGAUGAUUAUUCUUUUUGCAGAGCUCUGAAGGGAGGUUCCGGAGGUGUGAGUGGGCUGUGUGGCUGGCUGCUUCUCCCUGAGGAAAGUACGGCCGAAUGCUAGUCCCAGCCCACCACAGCUGCUGCGGCCGCUCCAGGAAUGGUGCCUGAGGGCUCCCCACGAUUCAGGUCCUGUAACUCCUCUCCACUUCUGAACGGCCUCUUCCUCCUCCUGCCCCUCAGUUCGUUGUCUAAGCCUGUCUUUGAUGCUCAGGGCUCCCAGCUUGUUGCAAAUAUACUUGUUUCACUUGUUUUUUCAGGUCUUUGUUGUAAAGAGGGCUCCCCGGAAGCAUCUGUCUAUUCCGCCAUCUUGGCUGUGCCUCCCUGUCCUGAAAUUCUUAAUAAUUUUAUCUUUGAACUUGUGUUUUGUCAGUGAAAUCUGAAGGGACAAUGGGGCAUGCACCAGGGUCUUGGAGCCUCAGUUUACCCACAGUCUCGUCUCCUAUCACUUCCCUACCUUGGAUAGGUUCUUGGCUGCUCACUCAUCAACUCCCUAAUGCCGUGGGCUCUGCCUGGCAUCCCCCUCCCCACCCCUGUCCAGCAAGUCCUGUUGUCUUCUGCUGGGAGAGCUGGGGUCAGGGGUGGGUGUCCUGCAGUGUCUGAGGUGGGGCAUGGUAGUUGCCAUCCCCUCCCCAGGCUGGCAGCACCCAGGUGACUAGAUGAAGGCAGAUUCUCCCUCACCUCUGAGAUAGGUACCUAACACAUCCUAGCACAGAGGUUGUAAUACCUUUGAGGGUCACCCAUGGGAGGCGGCCUUUGGGAAGGGGAGAUGCCUGAUUUGACUUCCCUUCUCCCUGACAGGGCAGCUGGUGAGAGAGGGAACCUGGCAGCUGUCAGGUUCCACCUUGCACAGAUGCACCAAGUAGUGAGGUGACCUAUUACUGUCUUCACUCACCUUGUGAUCAUCCUUAUGUCCAAGGACAUGGGAAUAGCCUCUGGCUAUUCUAUGCCUGGGGCCCUGUCUUAGUUACCUAGUGCUGCUAUAAUAGAAAUACCACAAGUGGGUGGCUUUAACAAACAGAAAUUAAUUUUCUCACUUUUUAGGGGCUAAAGUUCGAAUUCAGGGCUCUGGUUCUAGGGGAAGGCUUUCUGUCUCUGCUGGCUCUGGGGGAAGGUCCUUGUCUCUUUUCAGCUUCUGUUUGUUGGUUCCUUGGAGAUCUCAUGUGGUGUGGCAUCUAUCUUCCUCCCAACUGUGUUUGCUUGCUUAAUCUGCUUUUUUUUUUAUCUCAAAAGAGAUUGAUUUAAGACACACCCUACACUAAUAUGGUCUCAUUAAUAUAGCAAAGAAAACCUAUUCCCAAAUGGGAUCAUAACCACAGGUACAGGGGUCAGGAUUUACAACACAUAUUUUUGGUGGACACAAUUUUCUCCAUAACAGGCAUUCUCUCUUCUUCCUUUGAAACUUCCUGAGUCUGGCUUGUGUUAAUCUUUUCUGGCUCGCUCAAGGUACCCUCUGGGGAUGAGCCACAAAAUACAAAUUGUGUGAUAUUACUGAUUCUGCAUAUAAGAAUUAUAUGCUCUAAUAUUUGCAUUUAAAAUGGGCAUUACAUAAUAUAAACAUACAGUAAACCAAAACCAAACCGGUUGCCGUCGAGUCAAUUCCGAUACAGUAGUCUCCCCUUAUUCACAAGGGAUACAUUCCAAGAUCCCCAUGGAUGCCUGAAACCUUGGAUAGUACGGAACCCUAUAUAUACUAUAUUUUGACCUAUACAUACAUACCCAUGAUAAACUUUAAUUUAUAAGUUAGGCACAGUAAGAGAUCAACAGUAAUAACUGUAAUAAAACAGAACAAUUAUAACAAUAUACUGUAAUAAAAGUUAUGUGAAUGUGGUUCCCCGGUGAGACGGAGCAGGAAGGAGUGGGAUUUUCAGGCUACGGUUGAUUGCAGUAACUGAAACCUCGGAAAGCGAAACCACAGAUGGGGGGAGACGGGGCUACUGCCUAUGUUUAUAUUGCAUAGUAUAAACAAUAUAUAAAUGGUAAAAUUCUUACUGAUAUUUUAGUUUUAAUUUUUCUUUACUUAGAAUUAUAUUAAAUAGUGAAUAAAAAACACCAUGUGGAAGAAAAGAAACUGGGUAUUGUUUAGUACAUUUAAUGUAACUUUUCUCCUGCUUUUUUUUCUUAUAGUGAUACACACAACACAACAUACACCAUUUCAUCAAUUUCUACAUGCACACUUCAGUGACAUUGAUUAACUUCUUCAACUUGUGCAACCGUUCUUGAUAUCUUUUUCCAAAAUCAUCCCACCAUCCUUAACAUACGUUCAAUGCAUUCUAAGCAAAAAACCCCAUUUUCCCCUUCCUUCCUGUCCCUGGUAACCACUACUUGUGGUUUCUAUGUAUUUGCUUAUUUUAUAUGAGUGAUGACGUAUAAUAUUUGUCCUUUUGUGUCUCAUGCAUUUCACUCAGCAUAAGGUCCUCUAGGUUCAUCCAUGUUGUUGCAUGCAGUAGGACUUCGUUCCUCUUUAUGGCUGAGUAAUAUUCCAUUGUAUAUAUAUAUAUAUCACAUCAGUUGAUGGGCAUUUUAGUUGUUUUCACCUUUAGGCAAUUGUGAACAGUGCUGCAAUGAACACUGGUGUAUAAGUAUCUGUUUGAAUCUCUGCUUUCAGGUCUUUUCAGUAUAUACCUAAGAGAGGAAUUGCUAAGUAAUAUGUUCAACUUUUUGAGAAACCACCAUACAGUUUUACACAAUGGCUGUACCAAUUUAUAAUUCUACCUACAAUAUUUAAUCCCCCAGCAGGAUGAGGGUUCCUGUUUUUCCACAACCUCACCAACACCUAGUUUUUUUUUUUUUUUUUAUCAUUGCCAUUCUAAUGGGGAUGAGAUUUUAUCUCCUUGUGGUUUUGAUUUGCAUCUCUCUAAUGACUUUGAGCAUCUUUUCAUGUGCUUGUUGACCAUUUGAAUAACCUUCUUGGUGAAAUGUCUAUUUAAGUUCUUUGCGCAGUUUUUGACUGGGUCCCCUGCUUUUUGAACAAGGGGCCUCACAUUUUCGUUUUGCAGGGCCCCACAUUUUGGUUUUGCAUGGGGCCUUGCAAAUUAUGCAACUGGUCCUGGAGCCAAGUGUUACCAAAGCAAAACCCCUGCCCUCACGGAGCUCACAGACUAGUGGAGAAAACAAAUCAUAACUAAGUAAUGAAUAAGAUAGAUUCAGAUUGUGACACAUGCUGUCAAGGAAAUCAGCAGGUCAAUCUAGGAGACAUCAGAAGCCCUGGUGGCCCAGUGGUUCAGCGCUUGGCUAGAAGCCCCCAGCCACUCCACAGGAGAAAGAUGUGGCAGACUGCUUCUGUAAAAAUUACAGCCUUGGAAACCCUUUGGGGGCAGUUCUGCUCUGUCCUAUGCGGUUGCUAUGAGUUGGAAUCCACUUGACAGCAAUGGGCAUCUAUAAGACAGACCAUAAUAGGGAGGUGCAGGCUGGUAGAGAAAGUCUCUGAAGGCCUGAGGAAGCACAUGAGAGUUAGCAAAAAACAAAAACAAACAAACCCAGUGCUGGCAAGUCGAUUCCGACUUAUAGCGACCCUAUAGGACAGAGUAGAACUACUCCACAGAGUUUCCAAUGAGUGACUGGUGGAUUCAAACUGCUGACCCUUUGGUUAGCAGCUGUAGUACUUAAUUACUACGCCACCAGGGUUUCCAUGAGAGUUAGUAGCCAGGGUAAAAGAUUCACCAGCUCUGUCUCUGCCAGUAGGAAAAGUGUGAAAGGUGUACUCCAUGCUACCAAAAAUGAAUGAAUGAAUAAAUAAAUAAACAAAAACCAAAGAAAAAUCACCUAAUAAUGACUAAUAACUUUUUGUAUU